AUGCAGCAGCAGGACGACUCCAACUCUCCAGUCUCGCCCGCCGACGACAGCUUGAGCAACAGCGAAGAGGAGCCCGAUCGUCAACAGCAGCAACAGCAGCAGCAGCAGCAGCUUCAAGGCGCCGGCAAACGAGGGGGACGGAAGAGGCGCUCGAGCCGUAGGGCAGCCGCAGGAGCCGGCGGAGGAGGCCCCGGAGGGGGCGGCGGAGUGACCGGCGGGGGGCUCGGCUCGGCAGAAGAGCCGUGUAGCCCGGCACAAGGCAAAAGAGGCAAGAAGUCGGGCAGCGGCGGGGGCGGCGGGGGCAGCAGCAGCGGCGGGGGCAGCCCUCAGUCGUACGAGGAGCUUCAAACGCAGCGGGUGAUGGCCAACGUCCGCGAGCGCCAGCGCACGCAGUCGCUGAACGAAGCCUUCGCGGCUCUGCGCAAGAUCAUCCCGACGCUGCCGUCGGACAAGCUGAGCAAGAUCCAGACCCUUAAGCUGGCCGCCCGCUACAUCGACUUCCUCUAUCAGGUUCUGCAGAGCGACGAGCUCGACUCCAAGAUGGCCAGCUGCAGCUAUGUGGCCCACGAGCGCCUCAGCUACGCCUUCUCCGUUUGGCGCAUGGAAGGCGCCUGGUCCAUGUCCGCCUCCCACUAG